AUGUCAAAGGAAACUCGUUCUUCUCGUAAACCAAAAUCCACUACGAAAUCACUAUCGUCAACAACUACGAAAAAAAGGAAAAACUCUGUUCGUAAUCGUCAGCCUUCACCUAUUUCUACACCUGCCGAAGCCAUCGUCAUCGAUCCAUCACUUUCAUCUUCUAAUACGAAUGAAACAAUUAUAAAUAAUAAUUCAAAUGAUAAUUCAAAUCCACCACCUCAAAACAACAAUAAUGACCAAACAAUAACAACAUCAUCAUUAACUUCUUCCGUAAAAACUGUCGUUCGUCCUGUUUUGGCAACAUCAGAAGAGGAAUCAGUCGAUUUCGAUAAUGAUCCCUCAGCACAAUUAAUCCAACAAACAGCAAAUCGAUCGAAGAAAACAACAACAAGAAAAACAAAACGAUUGAAAAAUGCAACUGACAAAAAGAAAACAAAAUCAAGUCGUAAUCCACUAUCCGCACCACCAACAACAAACACUGCUACUUCUCCAGAACCAUCUGUGCAAGACAAUAACUCAGAUUCAGAUAGUGACAUUUAUAAUACGAAUAGUAAUUGCAACAAUUACCAAUCUAGAGAAGCAUCCAGUGUUUGGCAAUAUGCUACACGUCUGAAUAAUAAACAAGCACAAUGCUCUUUGUGUAAUAAAAUCAUACAAACGCCAAAUUGGUCAACCUCUACCCUUCGUCGCCAUUUGCUAGAAGUGCACAAAAAGACUGAAGUAAAAACUGAAAACGACAAUAAAACAAAAUCGAAUUUUGAACCACAUCGUAAACAGAAUCUUCAUCAACUAGGAGUGUAUGCAGUGUUGAAAGAUGGUCUUCCAUUCAAUGCAUUGAGUAAAGAAGGAUUGCGUACUUAUAUACAAGUAGCAACAGGACCGGGUGCGUGUGAAAAAGUAACUUUUUAUGGAAUGAGAGAGAGCGAGAUAGAGAGCUGGAGAAGUCGACAGCUUAAUAGAUUUCAAAGUGCCAGAAUAAGUUUAAGUCUACAAUUUUUAUUUUAG